ACCGCUGCUACCAUCGCCGUCUCAGCCGCACAGUCACAUGUCCACCAGGCAAUCACCCCAAUGAGCUUCUCGGACGACAUGCUCUUCCGCCACCUGCGCGACUCGGAGUUCUGCCCCGAGUUCUCGAGCCUGCUUGUCGACGAGGACGAGCAGCCGCUGCCGCCGUGGGAAAUUGAUUCGGCGCAGGCGUUUCGCGAGGCCGCUGCUGCUGAGUGGGAGCGCUUUGGGAACUCGACGUUUGAGGUGUAUGAGGUUGGCGAGGAUGGGAGGGCGGCCAAGCUGAAUGCGAAUGCCCGUGUAGAAGUCGACGGGCAAUGCUUUGUGAAGUACGGGGUGGAGGAGUUGGUAGAGCCCCCUGAUGGCAUCGUUGAGGCUCCGACGGUGUGGGAGACCAUCAGGCAUGUCAACACCAGCGGCAAAGCCGUCGGCCGUAUCACCAUCGUCCAAGAGCCGACACCUCUCAUGCUGGCCGCCCUCCACCUCACCAUGUCGCCUCACUUCGACAUGACAGAGCUCCUCCACCACCUCCUCUCCGACACGCCCAACCGCGGCCGCACCCACGCCUUCAUGCACCGCGCCUACGAGCGAACCCCUUCAUCCCAGGCCUACCCGUCCUCCCCUACGAUGCCCUCCCACGGCGUCGCGCCGCCCGUGUCCUUCGCCCACCUCCGCCAACGAUCCUUCUUCUUCGUCUUUAAAUACUACACCCUCCUCGGCCCGGGGCUCGACCCGGCCCCCUGGCAGCUGUACGAGAAGCGCCCGACGGACAAGCGCCUCGACGACCACAUCGACAUCGCCGAGUGCGGCUCCGUCCUGGCCCUCUCGCUCGGCGGCGAGCCCACCAAGACGCUCAAGAUGCGGCCGCGGAGGGAGCGCGCCAAGGAAGGCUUCUUGUUCGACACGUUUGCGCCCUGGCAGUUGCUCAGCAUCCAGAGCUUCCCCGACGAUGAGCACACGGUCAGGGGCGACGACUUUCAGCUCAAGAGCUUCUGCAGCGGGCCGUAUGCGUUUCUGGAGCUGCUCAUUGCAGAGUAUCGUGAUGCCGGGAAGAGGAAUCAGGUUCUGCAUGAGCGAAUCACCAAGCUCAUCACGCCUCCUACGGAAUUCAUGUUCGACCACCACCUCCGCGACAAGCUCCUCUUCGAAGACAAGCACUUCACCUACAUCCGCCGCUACUUCUGGGCCUACAACACCCUCGCCGUCAUCAACACGGGCAUCAAGGCCAUGGUCGCCGCCUACGUCGACACCUUUACCGACGACGUCUGGGCCGGCGCGCACCCCCUCCUCUGGCCUUUCCCUUCCUCUUCGCAGCAGUCUGCCGAGGCAACAGCAGCGGCGGCGGCAGCGGCCGACUACGCCGCCAGGAUGGCCGUCCUGCGCAGGGAGCUCGACAAGGUCGUCAGCGAUCUGGGCGAGGUGCUCAAGCGCAACGAGCGCACGCGCAAGGAGAUUGAGAACCUGCGCGACCAGCUCUUCAGCGGGAGCUCCAUCAAGGAGAGCAGGAGGGCCAUCGAUCAGGGGGACAAUAUCCGCAUCUUGACCAUGAUUAGCAUGCUGUUCCUGCCCCUGACGUUUGUAACCUCCGUCUUCGGCAUCACGGAAUUCACAAUCCCCGUCACGGACUGGCGCUUCCCGCUCACCAUGGUCCUCGUCUGCGUCCCCUUCAUGAUCCUCCUCUACCUCAUCCAGACCCGGCCCUUC